AUGUCCAAGUAUGACAAUCCAUGGAUAGCCAGACUUGCCGUUCCGGGAGUGGUCGUGCUCAUUGCCUUCCUGUCAUAUUCAUCACAGCUGCUGUUCGAGUACCUCGCGCCUGGUCCAUUGUCCAAGCACCAAAAAAUCCGCUUUAACGUUCUCGUCGCAUGUAUUUGGAUAUCCUACGCCAGGACAUGCCGCACAGACCCUGGCCGAGUGCCGGAGUAUUGGCUACGGGACCAGGCGGAAGAAAAGGCUGAUGCUGAGCGCAAGCCACGAACCCGCUACUGCCGCAAAUGCGAUGCCAUCAAGCCGCCGCGCUCACAUCAUUGCAAGGUCUGCAAACGAUGUAUUCCCCAGAUGGACCAUCAUUGUCCCUGGACGAGUAACUGUGUGUCCCACUUUACCAUCCCUCAUUUCAUGCGCUUUCUCUUUUACGCUACUACCUCAAUGGUCUACCUAGAGUACUUCCUCUACAUCCGGGCAGCAGAAGUGUGGGAUGCCAGAAACAUGCCGGCGUACCACGGACCCACAGUCUGGCAACUGGUACACCUCUUCGUUCUGAUCAUGACCAAUUCGCUUACUUUGUUUGUGGUCGGCAUCAUGCUUUGCCGCGGUAUCUAUAUGAUCACCACAAACGUCACGACCAUCGAAGGUUGGGAGAUUGAGAGACAUCAGCAGCUAUUACGACGAGCGCGUGUCAUGGGAGGCUACCUGGAUGGGCCGGACGGUAUCAGAGUCAAGAUCGAUAAGCAUGAGUUCCCUUACGACAUCGGCUUCUGGGGCAACCUGCGCGAUAACAUGGGCACAUGGAACAUACUGGCUUGGUUCUGGCCAUUUGCUGCAGGAGUCAAAACUGAUGGCCUCACAUUCGAGACCAACGGCUUCGAAGAUCCUGGACAGACUUGGCCACCACCAGAUCCGGAUCGGAUGCCGCGUGCGCCACGGGCACUUGAUGCGAAGAACGCAUUCACAUACCGUCACAAUGGUUUAUCCCCAGAGGAAGAGCUCCGCGCUUUCAAAGAACGUCAGCAGGCGGAUCUAGUUCGCCGCAAAGCCUUCGGCGGUCGGUUUGAUCAGGAAACCAACGAGCCUAUAGAAAGCGACGACCUCGAGAGCGACGACGACAUUAAUGGCGAAGAAGGCUGGCAAGACUCCGGCGGCAAUCGACUGGAAGACUAUGGCGUCGAUGAGGGCGUAGAGUUCUACGAUGAAGACGAUGUUCCUAUUGCAGAACUCAUUCGGCGGCGAGAACGGCGGUUCCAGCAAGAAUAA